AUGUUAUACAUAGAACAUAUUUCGUUGAUAACUGUUCCAUUAUCCAUCAUAUUAACAACAUUAAGCGUUGUUUUACCAUACUGGUGGUCAACUCAAACAUUUAUUAUUGGCUUUUGGAGAGCUCAUUAUCAUCACACAUGGAUUAUUAUCGAUCCACAAUUAGAUUCUCAAGCAGGUCGUUUAAUAUGUUCGUUACAACAAUUAUCAAUUUUUACUGUUAUUUUAACAGAUUUAUCCAUCGUAUUCUGGUUAAUUGAUUUGAUACGUCGUGAAUACAAACACUUAAUCAGUCUUUUAUGUACAAUAAUUAUAUGUUGGUUUUGUAUAGCCACGUUGUUAAUUUUAACAUUUUAUACAGCAAAACUGAGUGAUAGCACAAUUCAACUUCAAUUAUCCUGCUCGUUUUAUUUAGCGUGCUCCACACUUUUAUUUCAUUCUCUAACAAUCGUUAGUUUAACCAUUAAAUUUUGUACAUAUCGAUCAUCGAAACGAUUCAUUCAACCAACAGAUAUACUUCAAUCAACGGCAUUAUCAGAUAAAGCUAAAUUAGCAUUUAUUAAUGUUUAG